UGCAACGAGUCACACCUUCAGAAAUUCAUCUCAGCAGCAGCAUCGGAGUUUUACAUCACGAACAGAGCUCGACUCGACACACCCUAGUUUUCACGCAUUCAGCAUUCGAAUCGAGACUCACGCAGCCUAGCACAUCUCCAGUUAUGGCGCGUCUUCUUCUCCUAGCAUCCCUAGCACUACUCCUCGUCAGCGCCUCGGCAGAAACCGUCACCACAGGCCCCAGCAACCCCGCAGUUCCCCUCGACAAAGCCCUAGGCUCGAACGGCGUAGCGACGGAGGUCCCUAAGGGCAUCGAGCAGGCGGCGGCGGCGGGCAAUCUGGACAAGUUCGAGGGCACGACGGUGGUGAGCCCAAUGACGGACAGCAUGCUGCUGGUGGACGUGAAGAAGGCCGGGUGGAACGCCAUGAAGUGCCACAAGGACCUCGGCGCGCCCGGGCAAGGCGCGUGCACGCCCGCCAACUGCAGCAAGGGCGGCAUCCCCGCGAAAUGGAAGACUUCGAACCUGCUGAAGAACAAGCUCGGAAUUGAGAUGUAUGUGAAGGGGAACCCGCUGACCCUGAAGAAGGCGUCUCCCCAGACGUGCUGCAACACUUGCGCGGCGUACAAGAGCUGCACGUACUGGCAGUACAUCCCCGACAUCACCAUCGACGGCAAGAAGACGGACGGCGCGUGCUACCUCGUGCACGAUGACAUUGAUUACACGUGCGGCGAGCUCACCGCACAAUACGCCACGGAGACGAAGCCCGUGCAUCUGCAGGUGCGCACGGGCGGCGAGUGCAACCCGCGCGCCAACGUCGUCAACGACCCGCAUCUCGUGGGCGCGUUCGGCACGCACUUCGACUUCAAUGGCCGCCCCGACAAGGCGUUCUGCCUGCUGAGCGAUCGCGACCUCCACGUGAACAUGCUGCUGAGGGGGUACUACAGCGACGAUACCGAGAACGCCGCGCUCGUGGUGGACGGCAAGGCCGUGCACACGUGGAUCAAGGAGCUCGGUAUUGUGUGGUUCGCUAAGGGCGCCGACCACAAGCUUCGCCUGUCGGCCCGCGGCGGUAAGCAGCAAGAGCGCGGCGACGGAUUCAUGAAGACGAUCGAGAUCGACGGCGAGGAGAUCCCCAGGAUGAAUGUCGGCGACGAGGUGACAUCCGAGGGCGGCUUGACCCUCCGAUUUGCGGCUCUGGAGAAGGAAGGGCCCUAUGACGUGGACUACUACACCCUCAGCAUCGACGGGCUUGUGGCGCUUGACUUGAGGCUGCGCGUGGCCAACCCUAAAUUGCAGACCCCCAAUGACGCCGAGGCGCACAUCAAUGUCGGAAUUGUCGAAUUGGAGCACACCGAUGAGGUGCACGGUGUGCUGGGACAAACCUACCGCACCGACCACGCGGCGCGCGCCGCGAAUUUCCAGCGGCUGAUUUCGAAUCUGCACAGGCCCGUGUCGGCUGACAGCGAGGAGGGGGUUGGGUUUUUGGACGGCACUCCGCGGUCGUAUGAGUCGAGCUCGGUUCUCGCCGUGGAUUGCGCACACACCACGUACCACCGCGCCAAGCAGCUGAGCCCCGUCGAGGAGUUCCCAAUGGAGCCCCUCAACUAGAGGAGUUCCCAAAUCCCGAUAAGACCCUGCAAUUAUGUACAGAAUAGAGCUUCAUUAUUUGAUUGGUUAUACUAGUACUUCGGUGGGUUGAUUUGUGCUUCGGUUGGGUUGGGCUUGUAUUGUUCUGUUUUGUAUUGUAUACGGUUUCUCCCCUCAUUUAUCCUUGAGCA